AUUAAUUGAAAUUGAAAAUAACCAUUACAUAUAAUAUUAGCUGUACAAGCCAUUUUCUACGUAUCAAUAUACAACUCUAUUUUCUUACAAAUACUUCCUAGUUUAAUUAAUUUUGUUAAUCUGAGUUAAUAUUCUUUUUAAGUGGAGGAUAAGCUGGGCUUUUAGCCCUCUAAUAAAUAAAAAAAAAAAGGAGGAUAAGCUUCCUUUUUCAACAAAGUACAAUGAAUAAAGAAAAAUGAACUUGAUAAUUAAAAGAUUCAAGUCCUCUCGGGGAGAAACAAAAUGAUUAAUAAAGCGUCCCUUUGGGUUUGACAGUCAAUGUUUCACAUUACAGUGUUAUGGAGCUUUCCGCUUUUUAUGUGUCGGCCAUAACCACAAAGCCUCAAACCCUUGUCUUCUCUCUCCAUUUCUCGCCUAGAAAGAAGAGACAAACAUCAAAGAGUCAAACCAAAACAUUAACAAGGACACCCUCCUUGAAAUAACCAACAAAUUACCUUAUAUCUCGGCUUAGCUCGUUGACCCCACAGAUGGGUGCUCUUCAGUCCACACUUCUCUACUUGAUUUUGUUACAUUCAUUCAACAUUGUUGCUUAUAAGGAUCAAGAAUGGAGCAAAGCCACUGCAACAUAUGCCAAAGACACAGAGGGAUCCCUCAUUACAGAAGGAGCUUGUGGUUACGGAGAUCUUCACAGAGCUAGCUAUGGAAAACACAGUGUUGGGUUAAGCACAAUUUUGUUCAACAGAGGGAGUACAUGCGGGGCUUGCUAUGAGAUCAGAUGUGUUGACCAUAUCUUGUGGUGUGUGCUUGGAAGCCCUUCUGUAAUAGUUACUGCCACCGAUUUCUGUCCUCCUAAUUAUGGUCUCUCAGUUGAUUAUGGUGGCUGGUGUAACUUUCCAAGACAACAUUUUGAGAUGUCACUGCCUGCAUUUUCUGAAAUUUCCAAAAGAUAUGCCGAUAUUAUUCCGGUUCAGUAUAGAAGAGUCAAGUGUGAAAGAAGUGGUGGGUUGAAAUUCACAAUGAGUGGAAGUUCUCAUUUCUAUCAAGUCCUAAUCACUAAUGUGGGGCUAGAAGGUGAAGUGUUUGCUGUGAAAGUGAAAGGAUCUAGAACAGGAUGGAUACCAAUGGCAAGGAAUUGGGGAAUGAAUUGGCACUGCAAUGUCAACCUUCAACAUCAGCCUUUGUCCUUUGAGGUAACCAGCAGCACUGGAAAAACACUCACAUCUUACAAUGUAGCACCAUCCAACUGGCAAUUUGGACAGACAUAUCAAGGAAAACAAUUUUAAGGAAUGCUAUGAUUCAUGGAAUCAUGGUACACUAAGAUCUGUAUAUUUGUUCUUCAUGAUUCAUGAUCAAAUUGUUCCAGUGUGGGUGAAAAUAUGAUUGAACAACAUUUUUGUAAUAUAAAAUCUUAUGCUAAAUUAAUUUUUGAUACAAGUUAAAUUUUAAAUUUUAAUUUAGUCCUUUAAGUUAAAAACAUUCCUCUUAGAAAAAUCAUUUUGGGUUGUUUGAAAACCUUUCUAAUGAUUUCAAGUAUUCAAAUAUUUAAAGAUUUCAGUAUUCGGAAACCUUUGGACCACUAU